UACGUAUGUCACGUCUCGCCAGUCCGAGCGGACAAUUUUCUCUAUCAGCCGCACACGCGCACAAACCUGCUAGGUGACUGGUAGCUUUCAGCCAGACUGACCGACGUGAGGUGAAUGGACGCUAACAUGUCCAAAGACAAGAACGACACGAUCAUGGAGGCGGAGAACAAGGUGCUGUGGUACCCGGACUCCAAGAGGGAUACGCGGAUGGACCAGUUCAGGCGGCAGGUGAACCACGAGCACGGGCUCAACCUGGUCAACUACCGGGACUUGUACCAGUGGUCAGUGGAUUGCUACGCCGAGUUCUGGUCGUGUGUGUGGAGCUUCUGCGGUGUGGUCAGCUCCAAACCCUACCACGAGGUGGUGGACGUGUCCAAACGAAUUUCAGAUGUUCCCGAGUGGUUUUCAGGCGCUCGCCUGAACUACGCAGAGAACCUGCUCAAACACACCGAGCAGGACAAAGUUGCUCUUUAUGCUGCAACUGAGGCCAGCGAGGAGAUCAUUAAAGUCACCUUCCGUGAGCUGAGGCGUGAUGUGGCAUUGUUCGCUGCCGCCAUGAGAAAGAUGGGUGUGCAGACAGGAGACAGAGUCGUGGGUUACCUGCCCAACAGCAUCCAUGCGGUGGAAGCCAUGUUGGCAGCUGCCAGCAUCGGAGCCAUUUGGAGCUCCACGUCCGUUGACUUUGGAGUCAAUGGCGUUCUGGACAGGUUCUCUCAAAUCCAGCCGAAGCUGCUGCUCUCUGUCGCCGCUGUGGUUUACAACGGAAAAACUCACAACCAUGUGGACAAGUUGACCUGCGUCGUCAAAGGCCUUCCUGACCUGCAGAAGGUGGUGGUGAUUCCCUACGCUUGCGACAAACACCACAUUGACCUCUCCAAGAUCCCCAGCAGUGUGUUUAUCGACGACUUUCUGGCGUCCGGUCGUGGUGAUGGUGAUCAGCUCCCCCAGCUGGAGUUUGAGCAGCUGCCGUUUAGCCACCCGCUUUUCAUCAUGUACUCGUCAGGAACCACAGGAGCUCCCAAGUGUAUGGUCCACUCAGCUGGGGGCACAUUAAUCCAGCACCUUAAAGAACAUGUUCUCCACGGCAACAUGAGCAGCAGCGAUGUCAUCAUUUACUACACCACUACGGGUUGGAUGAUGUGGAACUGGCUAGUUUCGUCUCUGGCUGUGGGCGCUUCGGUGGUCCUGUAUGACGGGUCGCCCCUCAUGCCCACGCCCGAUGUCCUCUGGAACCUGACCGAGACUCUGGGCAUCAGCAUCUUCGGCACUGGAGCCAAGUGGCUGUCUGUACUGCAGGAGAGGAACCUUCAACCCGCCGAAACCCACAACCUGCAGUCUCUGCACACCAUCUUGUCCACGGGCUCCCCCCUCAAGCCCCAAAGCUACGACUACGUGUACCGCUGCAUCAAAAGUGACGUGCUGCUGGGCUCCAUCUCGGGUGGCACAGACAUCGUGUCAUGUUUCAUGGGUCAUAACCCAACAGUGCCGGUGUAUCGGGGAGAGAUCCAGACAAGGAACCUGGGCAUGGCUGUAGAAGCGUGGAACUUUGAAGGUAAGCCUGUUUGGGGAGAAAGUGGCGAGCUGGUGUGUUUGAAACCCAUUCCGUGCCAGCCCACGCAUUUCUGGAAUGACGACAACAGCAGCAAGUACCGCAAAGCCUACUUCUCCACCUUCCCGGGUGUGUGGGCCCACGGUGACUACUGCAAAAUCAAUCCCAAGACGGGAGGCAUUGUCAUGCUCGGCAGGAGUGAUGGAACAUUGAACCCCAAUGGUGUUCGCUUUGGCAGUUCUGAGAUCUACAACAUUGUGGAGGCCUUCGAGGAGGUAUCGGACAGCCUGUGCGUGCCUCAGUACAAUGCCGACGGCGAGGAGAGGGUGCUCCUGUUCCUCAAGAUGGCACCCGAGAAGCCCUUCAGCGCUGAGCUGGUGGCCAAAGUGAAGGCGGCCAUUCGGAAAGCGCUGUCCGCCCGUCACGUGCCCGCCCUCCUGCUCCAGAUACCUGACAUUCCCUACACGCUGAGCGGAAAGAAGGUGGAGGUGGCGGUGAAGCAAGUUCUGGCUGGUCGCGAGGUUUCCCAGCGCGGGGCUUUCUCCAACCCCGAAUCUCUGGACCUCUACAAGAACAUUCCGGAACUGCAGAACUUUUGAACCACGAGGAAGAAAAUGUUAAAAAUGAAAUUAAAAGACAAUUUCAUUUUGCUGCCCCAUUAACAUGAGAGCAGCGAACAACCAACGCUGCUAACAAACAAAGGAGGGCACUCUUAGCUUUGGCAUGAGCACUUUGGUUUGACGUCAGCCGCCAUUUUCCUCACCCAGUUUGAAGUCCCAGAACCGCAAACGUACGCUAAACGUUCUAAAUGGACGAUACAGAAGUUGGCUAUGAACUUUAAUUGUUAUUAUUGUGGUCUGAUAAAUGUAUUGUGACAGUUUCCAUUCUGUGAAAUGCCAGGGGGGGGGGGGCACACCCCUCACGUUUAAUAUUCUAAUGGAACAAUAGAUAGUCGGCUUCAGAAAUAGAGUAUUUGGGCUUCAGAAAUAGAGUAUUUGGACUAAAGUACUGUGACAGCUUCUAAUCUUCUAGAAAAUGUCAGAUGGAAAAGCUCACAUUUAAUAUUCUAAUGGUUAAAAACAAUGAAUUGAACUAAGUCUUAUUAUUGCUCUUCAGAAAUACAAUAUACAGACAAAUGUCUAUCAAAUCCUUUUGUCCAUGUAGGUUUGUGUAAAGAGGUCUUAAAACAGUUGUUUUUUUUAAUCACGAAAUAAUGAAUGAAAGUGAGUAUGACUUUGGUAAUUUGGUUCCAUGAACCAGGCAGGGACCAAGAGUGCAUCAUCAAAAUUGAAAGUGUGUAAAUAUUUGUGGCCAAAAUAUGGAAAUAUGAUCAUAAAUGUGACUUUUUCCAGUUCA